UCAUACGAGACAUGGACAGGAAGGGACAACUUCCUAAUGUCCCGACUAGGACAUACAUUCUGUUCUUGCAUUAGAUAUAGAGCAAAAUAAACAUUGAGAAACCAGGACAGUGAGGUUAGGAAAUAUCUUCCACACCACACCACACAUGCCCUCCAAUGUCAGAAUGAUUCUUGUAGAGUGAGUGCAACUUUGACAGUGUGUGUGGGAUGUGAAAGAAGGAAAAAGUCUACCUAGAGGAUCCUCCACUGGAAGAACAGUCCUCCCCUUUGCUCUCUCUCUCUCUCUCUCUCUCUCACUCACAGUCUUUCUCAGCUGGCUCCGCUCUCUCUCAGUCUUGAGCUGUGAACGUGUGUGCUGAGCUUGUGCGAAGAGAGAGAGAGAGAGCGAGAGAAGCGCCUAGGGCUUCACCAAGCUUUAGUUGAGUUUUAAAACAGUCAGAGAGGAAGAGCACACAACAUCUAGGAGAUACACAACCACAGAAACACACUUUAAAGUGAGACAGUGAUUGGUGUGGACACUCAUGGUCCUCUCCUGAGGCUGUGACUGCUUCAUCAGGAGAGAUGUGAUCGUUGUGUGACUUAUUUAACACACAGUCACACCUGCUCCAUUCAGGACUGGAUUGCUGAUACGACACCGUGUUUACCAGAGGCCACUGGACUGCACACAGCCGGGGCGAACAUGGACUACCUGUGGGGGAUUGUACUACUGCUGUGGACGCUUGGCGCACCGGAAAGAGGAACCAAUGCACAGAGGAGCAAGAACAACGUACCCCGGCUUAAACUCUCGUAUAAAGAAAUGCUGGAGUCUAACAACCUGCUCACUUUUAACGGAUUGCCCAACAGCUCUGCCUAUCACACCUUUUUAUUGGACGAAGAGAAAGGAAGGCUCUUUGUGGGGGCAAAAGACCAUGUGCUGUCCUUUAACUUGGUGGACAUCAAUCUGGACAUGGAUCUGAUAUCCUGGCCUCCUUCUCCUUCUCGACGAGAUGAAUGCAAGUGGGCUGGGAAGGAUGUUCAGAAGGAGUGCUCCAACUUCAUAAAGGUUCUGCAGCCGUUCAAUCAGACGCACUUGUAUGUGUGUGGAACAGGAGCCUUCCAUCCCGUCUGUGCUUAUGUGGAAGUGGGCAAACGCCCGGAGGACAACAUCUUUCGGCUAGGGUCGUCAAACUUUGAGAAUGGCCGUGGAAAGAGUCCCUAUGACCCCAAACUCCUGACUGCUUCCAUGCUGAUCGAUGGGGAACUUUAUGCUGGGACAUCAGCUGACUUCAUGGGCCGGGACUUUGCUAUUUUCCGAACGCUAGGCAAGCACCAUCCAAUCAGAACAGAGCAGCAUGACUCCAGAUGGCUAAAUGAUCCCAGAUUUAUCAGCGUGCAUCUCAUCCCAGAGAGCGACAACCCUGAAGACGACAAGAUCUAUCUGUUCUUUAGAGAGAACGCUAUUGAUGGAGAGCAGAUCAGCAAAGCCACACACGCCAGAAUCGGACAGUUGUGCAAGAAUGAUUUUGGAGGCCACAGGAGUUUGGUGAACAAAUGGACCACCUUUUUGAAGGCCCGUUUAAUCUGCUCCGUUCCUGGCCUGAACGGCAUCGACACACACUUUGAUGAACUACAGGAUGUUUUUCUCAUGAGCUCCAAGGAUCCCAAAAACCCUAUUAUCUAUGCUGUUUUCACAACCUCCAGUAACAUCUUUAAGGGCUCAGCGGUGUGUAUGUACGGUAUGGCAGAUAUCAGGAGGGUGUUUCUGGGCCCCUAUGCCCACCGAGAUGGACCCAACUACCAAUGGGUACCGUUUUUGGGUAGAGUGCCAUAUCCAAGACCUGGCACGUGCCCCAGCAAAACGUUUGAUGGUUUUGAAUCAACAAAGGACUUUCCUGAUGACGUUAUCACUUUUGCCAGAAGCCAUCCGGCCAUGUACAACCCAGUGUUCCCCAUCAACAACCGUCCAAUCAUAAUUAAAACCGAUGUCGACUAUCAGUUUACUCAGAUAGUGGUGGACCGGGUGGAGGCAGAGGACGGCCAGUAUGAUGUUAUGUUUAUUGGCACUGACAUGGGCACAGUUCUUAAGGUGGUUUCCAUCCCCAGAGGAACAUGGCAUGACCUUGAAGAAGUCCUGUUGGAAGAGAUGACUGUGUUCAGAGAGCCAACAGCUAUUACUGCGAUGGAACUCUCCACAAAGCAACAACAGCUCUAUCUGGGAUCCACCGUUGGGGUUUCUCAAAUGCCGCUGCAUCGCUGUGAUGUGUACGGGAAGGCCUGCGCUGAGUGCUGUCUGGCGCGUGAUCCUUACUGCGCCUGGGACGGCUCACAGUGUUCCCGAUACUUUCCAACUGCUAAGAGGAGAACGAGGCGUCAGGAUAUAAGGAACGGAGACCCUCUGACUCAAUGUUCGGAUCUGCAGCAUCACGAUGAGGCAGACGGAGAGAACGGCUUGCAGGAUAAGACAGUGUAUGGGGUUGAAAACAGCAGCUCUUUUCUGGAGUGCAGUCCUAAAUCCCAGCGUGCCCUUAUUUACUGGCAGUUUCAGAGACACGGAGAGGACCGCAAACAAGAGAUAAAGUCAGAUGAGCGGGUGUUGGGCACAGAACAGGGUCUGUUGAUCCGAACCCUCCAUCAGAAGGACUCGGGUGUGUAUUACUGCCAUGCUGUUGAACACGGCUUCAUCCAGACCCUCCUCCGCCUCACGCUCAACGUCAUUCCCACCGAACACCUGGAUGACCUCCUGCACCGAGACACGGCCGACAGCAACGACCAGGCCAACGGCAAGAUGUGGUACCGUGACUUCCUGUCCCUCAUCAACCCACCGAGCCCAAACAGCGUCGACCAGCUCUGCGAGCAGGUUUGGAAAAGAGAACGGAAACAGCGUAGACAGAAAGCCAAUCUGCUGCACGCCAGCCAAUCACACGCCAGCCAGCUAAUCCACCCCAGCCAAUCACACACCAGUAAGUGGAAGCUGCUUCAGGAAAACAAGAAAGGACGCAAUCGCAGGACCCACGAGAUGCAGCGGGCGCCCCGUAGCGUGUGACAUAGACUCGACAUAAAAAAAGGAUGAGGAAAUCCAACAGACUUCUAUUUGAGACUGGAGACAGGAAGAACGGAAUUCCACUUCCUGUAGUGUGUGGAAGAGAUUAACUUAUGAACCAGAGCACAUCUUCAUUCACGCAUAUUGAGACUCUAACUCUGAGAGGACUUAACGGGACACAAGAUGCAAACAGAAACUGAAAUACCUGUAAAAACAACAUAAAUACAAUAAUAUACUGUGAGACAGGUUUCAGUCUUUCAUUUUAUGAGGGACAAAACAUGGAUGCUAAAAGACCACCAUUUAACCUCCAUUUAGCUGAAGCACAGUGCAUUCUGGGUAAUAAACUUGUCUAUAAUAUUAUGUGUAUAGAGUGUGUUGACCUUAACAUAUACUGUACUGUAUAUCUUUGUUUCGAAAUAGUAGGCCCAUCUGUUUAUGUACAUAUCCAUUAAUUGAGGAAUUGUUCAUUAGGUUUUAUUCUUCUUUCUUUUUCCAUCUUUCUAUCUUCCUCCUUGUGUUUUCUAUGUUCAUCUGCUGCAAAAGCAACGCCUCGACAAAUCCAUUAAUGGAACUGUGUUGUUCCUCUGAAUAAGCUCUUCUUGACGAGGAAAAAAAUAACAAAAAAUAUUUUCUACUAUUUUCUUUAGAUUUCUAUUUAAUUUUGUACCUUGCCAGAGUAUAUCUAAAAUAUUUCAUAAUAGAUUAAUUUUAUUAUUAGUUGUAAACCACUGCACCGUGAGGGUAAACAAGCCCUUUCCACUAUUUUUUUUUCCCUUCACAUUUAAGUUAUUUGUUGACAUGAUUUUGUCUAUGUUCACAUUCGCGUUUAUAUAAAAGGAUUGUGGUCGAGUAUGUGAAAUACGAUGGCGUUUAUUAAGGGGUAUUGCCAUCAUGUUGUUAUGUUUGUCACACAUACUUGGGAAAAUACUGGUUUUCACUACAAGUAAAAAAAAUAAAUAAAUACUUUUAAUUUGAAAAAAAAAAACACACACAAACAUAACAGAUGGCACUUCAGGACUGACCUUUCCUGUCCCUGCUCUCUAUAUACAUAAUCUCAGAGAUGUUAAAUAUAUAAAUCUCAAAGAUCCAAUUAUUACAUUUUUUUAAGAGAGAUUACGAAAACAGACUAUUUCUUUCUACUUUACUUGAAAUACCUUAUGGACUCAAUCAUGAAGCAUGAAAUAAGACCAGAAGCAUGUAUUGAAAGAGUAAAUGGGGAAGAUUUAGAUUUUCUCUUGACUUUAUGAGAGGGCAAUGGAGGACAAAUUUACAACUGUUAUAUAAUAUUCCGAGCCUGUCCCUGAGGCUGAGGAAAGGACAGCUGUGUGACCGGAACUGCUGGAACCAGAGCUAGAACAGCUGGGACAGGACUCAGAGACUCACUUCUCCCACUGAAUUAGUUUCAUCAAGUUGUUUUUUGUUCCUUUUUUGUUAAAGCCACACACACACUCAGACCUACAGCACAAGUAUAUCUGAAUGUAGCUGUGAACAUACAGACUGUUUAUGAAAAAAUGGCCCAAAAUAUACGCCUCUGUGUACAAACUGCAUGUGAAUUUACAGCACCACUCAUUUCUAUACUCGUUUACAGUAGCUGCUCUUGUUUAUGAGUGAUUUGUCUGGCGUUGGAUUCCAGGUGGUGCUGAAAAAUAUUCUGCUAAUAAUGACAGAUGGUGUUAUUGACAGGCAUAAUUUCUGCCUGAAAAAAUAUCUCCCUUUGUAGCUAAUUAUACAACCAACAGGAAACCGUUUUAAAUGAAAGGAUUUCAAAUGCAAAACUCAACAGCACUUGAACUUGGUUGCCCUGUUUAGAUGGACUUUGGGCAGAAAAGGACAAAUGCCUUGCUUCGACUUUUUUCAGGUAAUCCCCUGAACUGGAAAUGAGGGACAAAGACAUGAAAAUGCUGCUGUAAAUUAUUCAUUUCUGGCAUGCAUUCUGCUGUUCAAAUAAAUGUCUCUUCUAAAGAA